AUGGAUAAGUUAAAGGUUGACCAGGUUGUUGGUGGCAAAUUUAAACUGGGAAGGAAGAUUGGAAGUGGAUCUUUCGGAGAGCUCUAUCUAGGUGUUAAUGUGCAAACUGGAGAAGAAGUUGCUGUUAAGCUGGAAUCUGUGAAGACCAAGCACCCUCAGCUUCAGUAUGAGUCAAAAUUAUACAUGCUUCUUCAAGGAGGCACUGGAAUUCCCCAUCUGAAGUGGUUUGGAGUGGAGGCAGACUACAAUGUCAUGGUUAUUGAUCUUCUUGGUCCGAGUUUGGAAGAUCUAUUCAACUAUUGUAACCGGAAAUUCACAUUGAAAACAGUGCUAAUGCUAGCUGAUCAACUGAUUAACAGAGUUGAAUAUAUGCAUUCAAGAGGGUUUCUUCACCGUGACAUAAAGCCUGACAACUUUUUGAUGGGCCUAGGUCGCAAAGCCAAUCAGGUUUAUGUUAUUGAUUAUGGCCUUGCAAAGAAAUACAGGGAUCUUCAGACUCAUAAGCACAUUCCAUACAGAGAGAAUAAGAACCUCACAGGCACUGCUCGCUAUGCAAGUGUCAACACCCACCUUGGAAUUGAGCAAAGCAGAAGGGAUGAUUUGGAGUCUCUUGGUUAUGUGCUGAUGUAUUUCAUCCGAGGAAGCCUCCCUUGGCAAGGAUUAAAGGCUGGCACAAAAAAACAGAAAUAUGACAAGAUCAGUGAAAAGAAAGUUUCUACUUCCAUAGAGUCUCUUUGUAAAUCUUAUCCAUCCGAGUUCGUAUCAUAUUUCCAUUUCUGCCGCGCAUUGCGUUUUGAAGACAAGCCAGAUUACUCAUAUUUGAAGAGGCUUUUCCGCGACUUAUUUAUUCGGGAAGGUUAUCAAUUUGACUAUGUCUUUGAUUGGACGGUGUUGAAGUAUCCUCAAGCUGGUACUUCCAGCUCUAGAGCACGAGUGGCUGGGAAACCGGGUCAUGCUCUUGCAGGACCUUCUGCAGAAAGACCGCCGCCAGAGAGAGUCUCAGUUGGAAAAGAAAUUCGCGAGAGAUUCUCGGGUGCUGUUGAGGCUUUCUCCACAAGAAAAAUCACUGGAUCUAGUCCGCUUGACAAUUCCAGAACUAGGACAAACGAAACACAGCCAGAGGCAGAGAAGGGGCGCAGCACAUCGAGGCAUGGCAGCAACUCAAGAAGGGCCAUACUCCCCAAUGGGAGGCCAGGUUCCUCUGGUGAACAUGGUGAAGCGCGUGCAGCAGCGAGAACACACCACACUGCUGGUGCUGCUGGUGCCCACACAACUUCUUCCACACAAAGAAUCUUACCCGGGUAUGAACCUGUCGUCAAAUCUUCAGGUGCACGAGCUGCUGCUGCUGGUAAAAGUUCCCGUGAGGAAAGUCUAAAGAGCUUCGAGUUCCUCACAUUGAAUAGGAGAUGA